AUGCAACAACUAUGGGAUGCUUUUGCAAGUAAGGCACAGUAUGCAACGUAUACUGAAGCUUUGCCUGUCAGUCAAGUGCCAAAUGCUACAACCUACACUUCAGGUUAUAUUGAGUAUGAAACGUUACCGAACAAUUCUAAAGAUUCAACUGCUGAUGAUAAAAGUUCGCGAUCGGCAAAAGAAACAUCGGAGACUCCAACGGUAGAGAAAAUGAAAGGUGCACAAAAUUUUGAGCAGAGUUCGAGUGAAUACAAUGAUAGUCUAGAAAUAGAUGAAAAUAAUACUGAAGAAUUUCAAAAUGGCGAAGAGAAUAAGGAUCCUGAUGUGAUUUCACAAGAAAUAGAACCUUUUGAUUCUUCAGAAAUGGAGGAACAACUAGUUGGUGGUGAAGAUCAAUCCCUUUUGCCUACUUCUCCCUUAGAAUUUUCUGCCAGUGAUCAUGAUGGCAGACCUCCUCUUCUUGACAGUGUUCCACCUUCGUUUGAAGGAAAACAACUGCUACCUUUUGAUGUCGGGCAGUAUCUAUUUGAUGAUGGGCAGUCACUAUUUGGUGGAAGACUACCUCUGCUUGAUUUGAGACCUCUCUCUGGAAACGGGCACCCAUUUGAUGACAGCAAGACGCCUGUAAAUGACACACAACCAUCAUUUGAUGAUACACAACCACCAUUUGAUACAAGACUGGCCGUUGGCAGACAACUUCGUUUUGAAGGGGAGCAGCCAUUUUUUGAAAGUGAAGAGCCAUCUUUAAAAGCCCACCGUCGUUCAAAACGUUUUAUACCUCUUAUUAUAGGAGGAGUGUCAGCAUUGGCAAGAGGAGCAGGAGCAUUGGCAAGAGGGGCGGGAGGAUUAGCAAGAGCAGGCGGAAGAGCAAUAGGAAAAGGAGCGAGAGGAGCAAGAGCUGGAGCAAAAAAACCUUCUACUAGGAAAAAAGCAGGAAGAGGUAAAGGUUUCUUAGACACUGCUGCCGGUCUUAUAGGUAUGGCAUUGGGUGCGGUUGGAUUACACGAAUCAAGGCAGGAUGAAGAGGAUGUGACUUCAGAGAGGUUUGAUGAUGUAGAUGCAGCCUUAUUAGAAAAUCGCAAAGGAAUAGAUAGAAAUUUUGAAGCCACAAAAGGGAAUUUGGAGGCGAUAAAGAAAAACUACGACCUUACUAAAGAUUUUGGAAACAGAAAUCUAAAAGCAACUGAAGCUGUUGGAGAUAAAGUGCAAGAAAUUGGUGAUAGAAAUCUAAAUGCAAUUGCAGUAGUUGGUGAUAAAGUAGACAGGAACUAUGGUGCCAUCAGAGUAACUGACGGCAAGGUGGAUAGAAAUUAUGGUGCUAUCCAACGCGUUUCUGGCCAAGUAGAUAGAAAUUUUGGUGCUAUAGAGCGUAAUUUUGAUGGAAUUAGAGUAAAUACUGGUCUAAUUCGAGUGGUUGAUGGUAAGGUAGAUAGAAAUUAUGGUGCUAUUCAACAGGUUUCGGGCCAAGUAGAUAGAAAUUUCGGUGCUAUAGAGCGUAAUUUCGAUGUACUGAAAGUAAAUAAUGGUCUUAUUCGAGUGGUUGAUGGAAAGGUAGACAGAAAUUACGGUGCUAUUCAACACGUUUCCGGUCAAGUAGAUAGAAAUUUAGGUGCGAUAGAGCGUAAUUUCGAUGUACUGAAAGUGAAUAACGGUCUGAUUCGAAUAGUUGACGGCAAGGUAGACAGAAAUUAUGGUGCGAUUCAACACGUUUCUAGCCAAGUAGAUAGAAAUUUGGGAGCAAUAGAGCGUAAUUUCGAUGUACUGAAAGUAAACAAUGGUCUAAUUCGGAUGGUUGAUGGAAAAGUAGAUCGGAAUUAUGGCGCUAUUCAACAAGUUAGUAGUAAGGUAGACAGAAAUUUUGCUGCUGUUAUGGUUGUUGAAGGUAAGGUUGACAGAAAUUACGGUGCUAUUAGAGUAGUUGAAGACAAGGUAGACAGAAAUUAUGGCGCUAUCAGAGUUGUUAGCAGUCAGAUUGAUAGGAAUUACGGCGCUAUUAGGCAAGUGGAAGGUAAAGUAGAUAGAAAUUUUGCUGCUACUAGAAUAGUUGGUGCUAAGGUAGAUAGAAAUUAUGGUGCUAUUCAGCAUGUCUCUGGUCAAGUAGCGAGAAAUUAUGACGCUAUUAGGGUUGUUAGCGGUCAGGUAGACAGAAAUUAUGGCGCUAUUAGGGUUGUUAGUAGUCAGGUUGACAGGAAUUAUGGUGCUAUUAGAAAUGUUGAGAAUAAAGUAGAUCGAAAUUAUGGAGCCAUUAGAAAUAUUGAUUACAAAGUCGAUAGGAAUUAUCUUGCAACUAGAAUGGUUGAAGAUAAAGUAGAUAGAAAUUUUGGUGCUAUCAGGGUAGUUUACGGUGCUAUUCAACAUGUUUCGGGCCAAGUAGAUAGAAAUUUCAAUGCCAUAGAGCGUAAUUUCGAUGUACUGAAAGUAAACAACGGCCUAAUUCGAAUAGUUGAUGGUAAGGUAGACCGAAAUUUUGGUGCUAUUCAACAGGUUUCGGGUCAAGUAGAUAGAAAUUUCGAUGCAAUAGAACGUAAUUUUGAUGCGCUGCAAGUAAAUAACGGCCUAAUUCGCAUUGUUGCUGGCAAAGUAGACAGAAAUUAUGGAGCUAUUCAACACGUUUCUGGCCAAGUAGGUAGAAAUUUCGAUGCUAUUAGGGUAGUUGAAAGGAAAGUAGAUAGAAAUUUUGAAUCUAAUAAAGUGAUUGAAGGUAAGGUUGAUAGAAAUUUGGGAGCUGUUAUAGUUGUUGAAGAAAAAAUUGAUAGGAACCUUGAAGCUAUCAGAACAGUUGGUGCUAAGGUUGACAGAAAUUACGAUGCAGUAAGUAGAAAUCUUGCAGCAAUGCGAUCAGGUUUUAUUGCAGUGGAGCGUAAACUUAAUCAAAUAAGCGAUGAAAUCAGAGAAGGAUUCCAAAGGGUUCUCGAUUCCGUGAAAAAGUCAAGAAUAGAAAACGUGACUUCAGGAUUAAUUACUUUUAUCGAUUAUUUUAUCACAGAACAAAAUAGAGUAAAAGAUCUCACUAAAGAGCAGCUUACUAAUGUGCUUGAAGGGAGAAAUGGAAUCUUACAUAAUUUACAAGAUACCACCAGAACUCCCCGAUCUGUUAGUACUUUGCAUUCUCUUUUAUAUAGUAUUAUUAACCAAAGAUUUGCUAUCCCAGAAAGCGAAGACGACGAAAUUGCAUUCACUGCAGCCGAUUUGCUUCAUUCCGGAACAGUGAUUUACGUUUCUGUCAUGUACUUCUUGAUUAAAGGUUAUGCUAGUCUUGCUGAUAUCUAUUACCAAGAAAGCAACAUAGAUAAGUACAAUGAGUACUUCACUUUAUCUGUACAAACUUUAGAUAAUUUCAAAGCUUCUUUAGUUGGCGUUAAUGGUAAUGGUGGCCUGAUUGAUAAAGUAAUUAGCGAGAGUAAUAUGAUAAAGGAAUUAAGUUUUAUGAAAGACGAAAGCGAGGAUAAACUAAAUACUUUAUCAGAAAGAAUAGACCUUUUGAAUGUCAUGAAGUCUACCCUGAAAAAAGUUAAUUUAUCUCAAAAGAAACCAGUGGAAAAAAUUCGAUAUAAUUUCGAUAGUUCGCAAAUUCAAACUCCAAUUGGAGGGUGGAGAAACGAUAAAAAAGUUAGCUAUUCAAUACAGCUUAAAAACAAAAACACCACGAACGGCACUACAGAGUAUCCUCAAAUAAGCGGUUGGUCUACAGUUACAAUAUCUGGGAAGGCAAACCCAGUUUUGGAUAUAGGACCCGAUUUGCAGGGAAGAACUCGCCUAAUUUUCAGAAAAUUUGACAAUGAUCAGUCAGAAUUGGUUGGUAUUGUUGAAGAUAGUCAUCAAACAAAGUUUAGAGACAUCAAUAGAGAUCUCUAUAAUGCUGCAACAGAAAAAAAUGAGGGUUUAGCUAUAAACGAAAUAAAGAAGUUUCUGGAAAACGGUGCUGAUAUUAACGCAACCUUUGAAGAUGGAAAACAAGCAAUUCACGCUGCUGUUCAAAAUGGAAACAUCAAUGUUAUGCGUACUUUGAUAGAAAGGGGUGCUAAUGUUACUGCUACAGAUACUAGAGGAUAUACGCCAAUGCAUAUAGCUGCUGAAUCUGGGCAAGAAAAUUGUGUCAAUGAUUUGAUUGCCAAUGGUGCUGACGUUAACACAAAAACUCCUUCAGGUUGGACUCCUUUGCACGUUACUGCUCAUCAAGGUCACGCUAAUGUCGUUAACACCUUACUGAAAAUAGAGAAUGUUGAUACAAACUCAAAGACUCAAGGAGGUUUUACACCACUUCAUCUUGCUGUUUCUGCAGGUAAAAAUGUUGUUGUUGAUCUUUUAUCCAAGGACAGUAGAACUAUUGUUGACAGUCAGUCUGAAGCAAAGUUAACGCCUUUACAUCUAGCAUCAACUACCGAAUAUUAUGAUGUUGUUGAGACCUUGUUGAGAGAUUGUAAGCUUAAUGUGAAUGCUGUAGCUGCGGGUAAUUUAACGCCCCUUCACCUUGCUUCGUCAGCUGGAAAUCUAAAGAUUGUAAAACACUUAAUCAAAUGUAAUUUAAUCGAUGUUAAUGCAGAAUCAGUUGAUGGUUGGACACCAUUACAUCUAGCAGUUACCCAAAAAAAGGAAGAUGUCGCUUUAGAAUUGUUAGAAGCAAGAGAUACUGAAUUGAACUUAAAAGGAGAAGGUGGACUGACUCUAUUACAUCUUGCAGGUAUAACAAGACAAAAAGAGGUAUUAAAAAAAUUACUUGAUAAAAAAGUUUUGAUAGAUGAGCUUGAUGAGAACGAUUAUACACCUCUUCAUUAUGCUGCUGAAAAAGGAGACUUAGAUAUAGUAAAGUCUCUCAUUGCAGAAGGGGCUAAUUUGCACGCUAAACAAAAGGAUGGUUACACGCCUCUUUAUCUUGCAGCGAUUAAUGGUAACUUAGAUGUAGUAAAAUUUCUUGUUAGUAAAAGAGCAAAACUCGAUGUAAAAAACAGGAACAAUAUGUCGCCUGCAGAUUUAGCUGCUUUGCAAGGGUACUUAGAUACAAUAAAGUUUCUUAUUGAAAAAGGGGCUGACUACAAGAAAAAUGCACUACAUUUUGCUGCAUAUGGUGGAGGUUUAAGUGUAGUUCAAUAUUUAGUAGAUGAAAAGUAUGUUGACUACAAUGCAAGAGAUAGUGAUGGCGACACUCCUUUACAUUGGGCUGCUGCAAAUGGACACAUACACGUAGUGAAAUAUUUAGCAGGUGCAAAGGAGGCUGAAUCUAAUGUGAAAGAUAAAGAUGAAAAUGCACCAAUACAUUUAGCUGCUUUAACUGGUCACUUAAGUAUAGUUAAGUAUUUAGUCGAUCAAAAGGGUGUUGAUUUUAAAGAAAAAAGCAGCAAUGGUAAUACUCCUCUACAUUUAGCUGCUUGGAAUGGCAACUUUGAUGUAGUAAAAUAUUUGCUGGGCAAAAAACGUGAUAAUCCUAAUAAGAAGAAUAAUGACAAUAAUACUCCACUUCAUCUUGCUGCAGUAAAUGGCUACUGGGAGAUAGUAGAAUACCUUGUAGAAAACGAUGCUGAUCUAACAGCUGUUGAUAAGGAAGGUAAUACUGUUUUGCAUGCAGCUAUCUUAAGUGGUGAUUUCGACAUAGUGAAAUAUCUAGUAAAUCAAAAUCUAGAUUUAAGUGUUAUUAAUGGCUCUGGUAAUAAUUACUUACAUUCAGCAGUUUGGAAGGGUGACUUGGAAAUAGUAAAAUACCUAGUUGAAAAGAAUGUUGAUUCAAGAGCUAGUAAUAAUGAUGGCAAUACCCUCCUACAUUUAGCAGCUUCAACUGGUAAUUUAGAUAUAGCUAAAUACCUUAUUAGUACAGAUGCUGAUUUAAAGACUGUUAAUAAGUACGAUAAUACUCCUUUGCAUUUAGCUGCUUGGAAUGGCAAUAUCGACAUGGUUAAAUAUUUGGUGGAUGUUGGUGCUAAUAUCCAUGCUAGAAGCCUCAAAGAUGAUGGUAGAACUGCUCUGCAUUUUGCCGUACGAAGCGGUAAUUUAGACACAGUGAGGUAUCUUGUCGAAAAAGGAGCAGAUAUUAAUGCAAGGGAUAGUGAUAGUAAGACUGCGUUAGCUAUUGCUGUUCAAGGUGAACACAGCAGUUUAGUGCAAUUCUUAGAGCAAGCUCAGCUUAAUCAAGAUUUACUAGGUGCUGUGAAACGUGGCAAUAUUCGUAAGGUAAAAGAGAAAGUCCAAAAAGGAGGUGAUUUGGAAGUAAAAGACAGUGACGGUAGUACUUUACAAGAGAUUGCUGCUAGAGGCGGUCACACUCAAAUCGAGCGGAUUUUGAGGCAAGCACGAUUAGACUUUGAUUUACUGAACUUCGUUGCUGCAGGUAAUCUUGAUAAGGUUAAAGAGUAUAUUGGUAAAGGCGCUGACUUGGAAGCAACAGAUAAAUAUGGCUUGACGCCUAUACAUAAAGCUGCUAUGAAUGGUAGACUAGAAGUAGCAAAGUACCUGGUUGAAGAAGAAAAAGUAAAUUUUGAAAUCCAGGAUAAGAAACGUCUUACUCCUUUAUAUUUAGCUGUCCUAAAUGGUUACUUUGAUGUAGUGAACUAUUUUGGAGGUAAAAAUGCUAACUUCAAUGUUAAGGAUGAAGAUGGCAUUACGCUUUUGCAUUUAGCUGCUUAUUAUGGUUAUUUUGAUACUGUGAAGUAUCUAAUAGAAGAGAAGCAAGCCGAAGUUUAUGUGAAGGACAAAGACAAUGGGGAACCUAUACACAGAGCUGCUCAAAAAGGUCAUUUAGACAUAGUUGUAUACCUCAGCGAGAAAAGCGCUAACCUCAAUGCUAGAGACAAAAACGAUGCUACUCCUCUACACCUGGCUGCUGAUGAUGGUAACUUAGAUUUAGUGAAAUACAUGAUUGAAAAUAAGCAUUCAGAUUUUAAUGUUAAGGAUAAGAGCGGUAAAGUCCCCUUACAUUAUGCUAGUUUAAACGAAAGGUUGAACAUAGUGGAGUACCUCACGAAAGAAAAGGAUGCCGAUAUUGAUGUUAAAGAUGGGGAUGAAAGAACUUCUCUGCAUUAUGCCGCUAUUAAUAACAGACUAAAUACAGUUUCAUACCUUGUAGAAAAGGGGGCUGAUUUCAAUGCUAAAGCUAAAGAUAACAAUACUCCUUUGAGCAAUGCUUCUGAUGCAAAUAACUCUGAUAUAGUAGAAUUUUUGGAAAGAAUAAAAAAAGAUGGUGAAACGCCUUUACAUUAUGCUUCGUACAAAGGUGAUAUUGAGGUGGUUAAAUAUCUUGUAGAGAAAAAGCAUGCUGAUAUUAACGUUGCUAACACUAAUGGUGAAAAGUCUAUUCAUGCUGCUGCUCGAGGUGGCAGUUUGGAUGUAGUCAAAUACUUCGUAGGGGAAAAACGUGUUGAUUUUAAUGUUAAAAAUAAUGAUGGAAGCGCUCCUUUGCAGGAAGCUGUUACAGAAGGUCACUUCAAUGUCGUGAAGUACCUUGUGGAAAAAGGUGCAGAUUUUAAUGCUGUGAAUGAUCGCGGUGAUUAUGUUUUACAUUGGGCUGCUUGGAAUGGUCACUCCGAGAUAGUGGAAUAUCUUGUAGAGAAGGGAGCUGAUUUCAGUGUUAAGAACAGAGGUGGCAAUACUCCUUUGUAUUGGGCUGCUUGGAGUGGUAAACUAGGUAUAGUAAAGUACUUUGCUGAAAAAGGAGCCAAUUUGAAUGUUAAAAACAAUGAAGAACUCACGCCGCUACUGGAAGCUGCAAAAAAUGGAAAAUUUAAUGUAGUUAAGUACCUUGUUGAAAAAGGAGCUGAUUUCAACAUUGUGAGUGACCACGGCGAUCAUCCUUUACACUGGGCUGCUUGGAAUGGUUACUUAAAGGUAGUAGAAUAUCUUGUAGAGAAGGGAGCUGAUUUCAAUGUGCAGAAUAAAAGAGGUAAUACUCCUUUGUACUGGGCUGCAUGGAACGGUAAAUUAGGUAUAGUAAAGUACUUUGUAGGAAAAGGAGCUAAUGUAAGUCUUAAAAACAAUGACGAUAAUACUCCUUUACACGAGGCUGCUUCAAAUGGUCAUUUAGAAGUUGUGAAGUAUUUUGUGGAGAAUGGCGCUAGUGUUAGCAUCAAAAAUAAAAGAGGAAAAACACCAUUAGAUAUUGCAAGAGAAGGAAAUCAUUCAGAUAUUGUAAAGUACCUUACGGAAAAAGGAAAUACAAGAAACAUAUUCGAUGCUUCUAGGAAUGGAAACCUGGAUGUAGUGAAGUACUUCGUCGAAAAUGAAGGAACUGAUGUCAAUGUUAAGGAUAGUGAUAGUAAAACAUCUUUGCAUUGGGCUGCAAGCAAUGGUCACUUAGAUGUAGUAAAAUACCUUGUAGAUCAGAAAAACGCUGAUGUUACCUCUCGUGAAAACCAAAAUGGUACUCCCUUACACUCUGCUGCUUUUAACGGUCAACUAGAUGUAGUCAAAUAUUUAAUAACUGAAAAACAUGUCGAUAUAAAUAUUAGAGGAUAUGUAGGGAAUACUGUUUUGCAUUAUGCUGUUCUUGGUAGAAAAGCAAGUACAGUGAAAUGGCUUUUAGACCGUGGUGCUGGAGUUAACAUCAAGAAUAAUGUUGGAAAUACUCCUUUAAGCGACGCUAUUGAUUUUAAUAGUGGCUCAGAUAUCAUUAAGAGCCUUCUGCGAAAACAAGAUAUCAAGGACAUAUUUGAUGCUGCUGGGAAUGGAAACCUGAAAGUAGUGAAGUAUUUCGUCGAAAAUGAAAAAAAAGAUGUCAAUAUAAAAGAUAAUGAUGGUAAAACUCCUUUGCACUGGGCGGCAAGUAAUGGUCGCUUAGGUAUAGUAAAAUACCUUGUUGAUCAGAAAAACGCAGACAUUACCUCUCGCGAGAACGGCAAUGGUAUUCCUUUGCAUUGGGCUGCAAGCAAUGGUCAGUUAGAUAUUGUCAAAUAUUUCAUAGAUGAGAAACGUAUUGAUAUAAACACUAAGGGAUACGUAGGUAAUACUGUUUUGCACUAUGCUGUUCUCGGUAAAAAAUCAAGUACAGUAAAAUGGCUUUUGGACAGUGGUGCUGGAGUUGAUAUUAAAAAUGAUGUCGGAAAUACUCCUUUGAGUGAUGCUAUUGAUUUUAACAGUGGUUCAGAUAUUGUAAAGAACCUUAUGGAAAAAAAUAGUAUCAGGAACAUAUUUGAUGCUGCUAGAAACGGAAAUCUGGGUGCAGUGAAGUAUUUCGUCGAAACAGAAAAAAAGGACGUCAAUCUUAAAGAUAAUGACAGUAGAACUCCUUUGCAUUGGGCUGCAAGUAAUGGUCACUUAAGGGUAGUAAAAUAUCUUGUAGAUCAGAAAAGAGCUGAUAUUACCUCUCGUGAGAGCGGCAAUGGUGUUCCUUUACAUUUAGCGGCAAGUAGCGGUCAGUUAGAUGUAGUCAAAUAUUUUAUAGAUGAGAAACGUAUGGAUAUAAAUAUCAGGGGAUUUGUGGGUAAUACUGUUUUGCAUUAUGCUGUUCUUGGUCGAAAACCAAGUACAGUGAAGUGGCUUUUAGAUCGUGGUGCUGGACCUAAUCUUAAAAAUAGUGUCGGAAAUAUUCCUUUAAGCGAUGCUAUUGAUUUUAACAGUGGUUCGGACAUUAUAAAUUACCUUAUAGAAAAAGGAAAUAUUAAAAAUGUGUUUGAUGCUGCUAGGAAUGGAAAUGUAAAUAUCGUGAAGUAUUUUGUGGAAAAUAAAAAAGUCAGCAUUAACACUAAAGAUGGUGAUGGUAAAACUCCUUUACACAGGGCUGUUUUGAAUAAUCAAUUAAACGUAAUAAGGUACCUUGUAGAUGGCAAACAUGCUAAUGUUGAUGUUAGGGAUAGCGACAGUCAAACCGCUUUGCAUGAAGCUUCUUAUUUUGGUCAUUUGGAUAUAGUUAAAUAUCUUAUUGAUAAAGGGGCGAACUUGAAUGCUAAAUCCAAAAAUGGUGAGACUCCGUUACAUAAGGCUGCUUGGAACGGUAAACUAGAUGUAGCCAAAUAUCUUGUUCGAAGAAGAGUGGACUUGAAUAUUAAAGACAAGAACGGUAAUACUCCUUUGCGAUUUGCUGAACUUAAUGGUAAAUUAGAUGUUGUUAAAUACCUCAGAGAAGUAGGUGCUAGGCGUAACCGACGCAGCAUUGAAUUCAAAGAUUUAUCAAGAGAAAUUGAAAUCAUUAACCAACCAGAAUUCAAUGAUCUAAGUAGUGUUGAAGAGGGCAGUGACGAGAUUUCUUUGAACUUUGAAAAAAACCAAGUAGUUAAUGGAGACCUUCAACCCACGAAUCGUAACAGCAGAAGUGACAAUAGCUUGGUAACUACUACUGAUAUAGCUCAACAUGAUAAACAUGAUAAUGGCAAAACAGUAAGAUCUUUUGUACCGUUUUUAUUUGCACAAGCAAAUAUACCAGAAAAUGUUCUUGUGGGCAGUGACCAGGCGAGAGAAAAUUCAUGGAAAAACGGUUUUGUCGGGCAGGUUAAGGGAGUAGCUAACGAAUUCGAUAGAUAUAAGCAAGUGAUUAAGAAUAACUUAGGUGAUUUAGAUGAGUUUUCAAAAAGUAUUACGAGCAGUAGCACAAGACCAUCUUCAUGGCUAAGUGAUAUUUUAAGCUGGGUAAAGAGCUCCAUAGGAGAUUUAUUCCGUUUUGAAUCAGAGGAAACUGCAAAUUCAAUAUCACAAGUUGAUAAGCCAUUUGAAAAAGCAUCGAUAAGUAUUUACAGUUCGUUUAAUAGCGCACUACCAUCUGACGGUUCGGGUAAAAUAAAAGAAAUCGCUCGAGACAAUGUUGAUAAUUUAAAUGCAAAGGUAAAACAAAUUCGUGAAGGCCAAAGACCUGUUAAAUUUAAACAUAAUGCUGGAAAUACAAUACUAGACAUAGGAAGCCGCUAUUUGUCGCAGGCCGACUUUAAUGGUACAAUAAUGUUACUUGAUUUCUUAAUAAGAAAGCUAAAGACAGGAGAAACACAUGUUAAAGCUCAGUUUAAGGAUACUUCUGAACAAGAGGCCCUUGGCUAUGCAUUCAUGAUCACACAAGAAUGCAAGAAAAUAAUAGAACAAGCGGCAUUAAAAAGUGGUAUAUCAAUGCACAGGUUGGGUGUUGAUUUUAUGGGGAUGCAAAAAGAGAUAACGAGAAAGAUUAUGAGCAACAGUUUAGAAAAGAUUUCAGAAAUUGUGAGAUCACAUGUAGAGAAGGCGUGUCCGGGUACAGAAGUGAGAUGUCCUGGUAAAUUGAGUUCGAAAAAGUUUGACAAGUUUAUGGUAGAACUGAAUAGCGGGCUAAAUAUUGUGGUUGGUCAACUUAUGCAACACAUGUUACGCGACGAGAACAACUUGUUAGAGGUUAGUGAGGAGCAGAUAAUAUACACAGCUCCUUUAAGUUAUUUAAGUAACACUUUAGUUCAGGGUCAUUUAACUCAGACCAAAGAUUUAAGAAUAAGUUAGGCUUUUAAUUUUUUUGAUGGUCAGUUUUCAGUUAUCUUGUGUUGACCGAUUUUUAAUUAAAAGUAAAAAGUGUAGAAUUUUAGGUAUUAGUGGUAGUAAGCAAGGUUUUCCGGAUUUUACCUUGACUGAAAAAACGGUUCCGACCGAAAUAGCAUCAUUUUAAUCUAACCCUGCUUACCAAAUUAAAAAAUUUUAUUAAAAUUUUCAAAUAGGAAGAAAAAAUUGACUCUUAUGCCAUACAAAAAGCAACUUUUAUGAACGUAUCACAGAUACAUAUUUAUUUAAUAUUACAGUAUGUGAGAUAUUUAAAAUGGAAAGGAAUGAAAAAAAUAACACCCAGCAGCUUUUUUAAUGCAAACGUAUCUGUAAACUAAGUGUGUACAUCAAUAUUGAGCUAUGAUGUAAUAAGUGUCAAUUAUGAAACAUGUAUUUGCAAUAAAUCCUAAUAUCUAUCCCAUGCCAGUUCCAUUUCCAGAUGAAAGUGUGUUUACAAAAUAAAAUGAAUAAAAAUUUG